AAAUCACUUUUUUUUUCUCAUGAAUAUUUGCAUAUAGAUCUGUGAUCAUCAAUCUGGGCUGUUAUGAUUUGUGAAUUGUUUGCAGAUUGGAGAAGUCUUUGUAUAUAUUGUAAUAUGGGGAACAGGGGCGGAAUGACCAUUUGGAAACUCGGGCACUGCCCGAAGGCCCGGGGUCAGUAGGGGGCCCCAUGAGAUGCCCCUGGUACCUUUUUCAUAGGUUUUUUUUAUUUUGGGCAAGGACACAGGAGGGGCCCCUGAUCCCCU